AUGGCAGCUAAUAAUGCAAACUCUGCAUCUUUGACCAAGAUCGAAGAGUACCGAGCGCUGUACGAUUCAUAUUUGCAAAAAUGCAACGCACAUGACUUUGAAGGGAUGGAGGAUUUCUAUACUUCACCUCUUCAAGUCAACGACGAGCCCUGGGACCCAAAGAAAGUCACGGCGCAGUUCGGGCCGCUGGUGACUGCGUUUCCCGACUGGCACUGGGAGGUGAAGCAUCUCACGAUUGAGGGGGAUUACCUCGCGCUGCAUUUCAAAGUUACGGGGACGCAUAGGGGGAGUUUCCAGGGAAUUGAAGCUACUGGGCGGAAGAUUACGACGUCGCAGUUUACGUUGUAUCGUGUGGUGGAGGGGAAUAAGUUUGGGGAUGUUUGGGAUCUUGUUGAUGUUGAGGCUGUUGUGAAGCAGAUUUCGUGA